UAGUCAAAAUCGGUUUUCCAAAAGUAGUGGCCAUAUUGUGAAGAUGGAAAUUAAAUUAUUAUCGUGUCCGGUGUGUUUGAAUCCACAUUUCAAUUGCGUCGACGCCCUUAGGGCUACGUUAGUACACGUUGCAACGAAUUUAGUGUCUUGUCCGGUCUGUUCGGAAACUUUGUUGGGAUUGGAUAAACUUACAAUACACCUUUUCACCCACAUGGGAAAUUCGUCACUCCCCAAACCGAUAGAGGAUAAUUUACGAAAGGAAAUAGACACGAAAAUCGAAAGUGAAAUUAAAAACGUUUCAGAAGAACACGUCAAAUGUGAUAUAUGCACUUUUUCAUUUACCGAUAAAUAUAUUCUCGAUAUUCAUCAAAAAUUACUUCACCAAACGCCCCCCGACGUCGAAACGGGCACCUACAACUACCACUGUCAUUUGUGUAGUAAAAAAUUUAAAAUGAGGGGUAGUUUAAUGGUGCAUUUGAGGGUAGCUCAUUACGGUUUUAUUCGUACUACGCGGAAUUUGGAAAACAACGAAAAGAAAAAGAAAAAAACUCUAGUUUCUGAAAACGACGAUACUACCAGUGCCGAAAAACGACAAAACGGAGGAAAAACACAAGAUAACAAACAAUGGGAAUGCGACGUUUGUUCUAAAUGGUUUACCACCAAAUAUUUUUUGAAGAAACACAAAAGAUUACAUACAGGAGAAAUGCCUUAUUGUUGCACUUUGUGCAAUAAAUCUUUCACUUUUCAACAAUCCUAUCACAAACACAUGCUGUACCAUUCAUCGGAAAAGCCUCAUAUUUGUAACGAAUGCGGUAGGGCCUUUAAGGAGCUAUCGACUUUACAGAAUCAUGCUAGGAUACAUUCCGGAGAAAGACCCUUCAUAUGCGAAACGUGCGGUAAAAGUUUCAGACAAAGAGUAUCUUAUUUAGUUCACCGGAGAAUCCACACGGGAGUUAUGCCCUACAAAUGUAACGUGUGUGAUAAAAGUUUUCGGUACAAAGUUAGUCAAAAAUCUCACAAGUGUCUCACGAAUAUCAGUUGUGAACAACAAUCCAAUACACCAGCGUCACAUUCUACCUCUAGAAGUAUAAUGAACGUCGAUUUGGACACGGGAAAUAUUAGCGUUGUACGACAAGAGCCUUUAACCAUUUCGGAUAAUUCUUUGGUACAAAAGGAAUCGAUUAUAUUGAAUAAUAACGAACGUAUUGAAAUUAGUUAUAAAAAAACUGAUUUAUGUACCGCUGUGAAUAAUAUUACAACAGAACAGGUUAUUGGCGAAUCUCCAGGUGAAAUAGAAGAUUUACUGUAUACCCAGCAUGAAAAACCAUCGUUUUCACCGAUUAUCUCAAACAUACUACCAGAAGUGGAAUCAUUAUAUUUAGACGGUUCUCCAACAAACAUGCAAAUUCAAACCGAAGAAGAAUCGAUAAACGAUAUGAGGGAAAAGUGUCUUCAAGAAUUACUAAAUGAAAUCGAAUAUGUUCCGAAUAAAUAAAAUGCGAUAAACGCUUCAUCCUGUAACUAUGUAGUUAUAAAAAGCUUCUACAGGGUGUACCAAGUUGAAUUGAUUCGACUUAUAUAUAGAAAAUUAUUGAAAAUUUGCAUAUGGGAGUUUUACGAUGAGAUUGGUUCAGUUGACUAUGAUUUCAGGUUAGAUCUGGUUUUAUUUUAUCGAAUUUUUCAAAAAUUUCAGUUAUUAAAUCUCUACUAAAACUAGUUGAUUUAGAUACAGGGUUGUAAGGAUAAAAUUCCCUUAUUUUCAGUGUAAAAUCCACUGGUGGAAAAAAAUUGAGUUUUUUAUUGUAAAUACUGUAAAUAUUCAAAAAUUUAAUCGUUAUUAUGACAAUUUUCUUUUGGUUUCCAAAAUUAAAUUGUUUUUGUUUUUACAUUUGGAAAACUGCAUCUUGAAAUUUAAAAAAAACUUGGUACGAUAUAUCAAAUACCAAAAUUCAUAGUAUAUUUUGAAAAUGCAAUUAAAAUACAGUAUGUUUCAUUAAAAAAAGACAAAUUUUGGAUAUCUCUUCGUUAAAUACUGGUUUUAGUUGUUACAACGUACCAUUAAUCAAUAAUUCACUGUUUUGACGUAUAAAGGUCACUAAAAAUACCAAAUACCAUCUUUCAAAUGACAAUUUGAAAAUUUUUGGAACCAUUUCCCGCAACAGUUUGUUUUUUUUGAACUUCUUGAAGUAAACAGCAACAGAUUCAAAUUUCCAAUCACCCUGUACAAUAUUCUUAUAAAAUUUCCCAAAAAUCAAGAAGCUUGGGUCGCUAUUGUGGUAAAUCCUGAUCAAUUAUCGUCAUAAUUUUCUACAUUUUCAUAGAUAUGAACGAUUUAAGAAGAAAAUUCACUUUCACGAAGAUAUAACCUCAAAUACAAUCAAAUUCAAUGGAAUAACCUUCAAAUUUCCCACCAAAUUCUCCAGAUCUAACACUUAGUAACUACAGGCAUCAAAAAAGUCCACCAUAGUCUCCAGAUCUAGCCCUUAGUGACUACAAGCUUCAAAAAAGUUUCAACGAAAUGAAUAUCAAUCAUAUAAUGUAGUUAUUGUUGAAUCGGAAACUUAUUUUGGAGCUAAAGAAAAAUCAUUACAUAAAAUUGACUUGGAAAAGUUGGAAAAUCGUUUUUCUAGUUGUGAAUUUUCGAAUAAAACGAAAUUUGGAUAAAAAAUUGUUUUAAAUAGGGGUUGUGUUGAUUAUUAUAUGGUUUGACAUAAUUUUGAUCAUUGAACUCAUCUUUGACCUGUACAGGGUGUCAUUGGGGGUUGGGGUGAUGUAAUAUUACAUGCUUGAUAAGUUUCCAAGAUUCUGGGGAACAAAAAACUGACCUAACUUGUAUUAGAAGACUAAACCUUGAGGUAUAACCAGAAAUCGUAAACAAUUUUAAGGAAAUUUUCAGAAAACCCUCGUAUAUAAAUUUGAAAAAAAAAUAUCUGUAGUUUUUUGGUUUAUACAUCCAUGGUACUACUAAAAAUACCUUCUGGUUAUUAAAAAAUAACUUUCCACUGUUGGGUAUUAAGGAAAAUUAAAAAAAAAUUAUAUCGAUUAAUAAAUUAGUAUUUAUUGUGAAUGUAUAUUUUCAAAAUGUACAUUAUUUUCAAAAUACUGCAAUAAAAAUAUCAAAAUUUGAUCGAAUUUAUUUAAAAAAAUACGAUAAAACGAAAGCAGUUGUAUUAAACCAAUAACGGAUGUAAAUAAAAGUAAGUUAAAUCUAUUUCGCAUUCUAAUGUUCAUUUUUUUUAGUUUGUGAAAAUUAUUUUGAAAAAAUUUCCUGUAGAAUAUGAUUAUCUUAUAAUAAAAUACAAUGUCUCGGU